GCUUGCUCAGAACUCUGCCAGGUCAGCGGGGAAACAAAGAAGAGGAAGAAUGGGUGCAGGAUUGGUGACAAGUUGGUCACAGGACUUGGUGACCUUUGAGGAAGUGGCAGUGGACUUCUCCCAGGAGGAGUGGGUACUGCUGGACUCUGCUCAGAAAAUCCUGUACAGAGAUGUGAUGAUGGAGAACUUUAGGAACCUGGCCUCUGUGGGGUCUCACCUCUGCAAACACAGUUUGAUCACUGAGGUGGAGCAGGAAGAACCGAGGACCAGGGAGAGAAGAAUUUUCCAAGGCACCUGUUCAGACAGGGCUACUCAACUUAAAUCAAAACAUGCAAUUCCUAUGCAGAAUGUUCCUGAGGAAGAAACUUCCAAUGGCAUAAAAAUGGCGGCAACUCACUCUGGUGAGAAUCCCUGGGAACUCGAUCACUGUGGAAAAUUCUUGAGAAAGAACUAUCACCUUAUUGGUACAAGAUACUGCAAGGGAAAGAAAUGCUACAAAUAUAAAGAAUACAGGAAAGACUUUGGCCAUUUCUUAACUCUUAGGAGCCAUAUGAAUGCUCACACUGAAGAGAAAAUUUCGGGAUGUAAUGAUUGUGUCAGAGCUUUCGAUCCAGAGUCCUCCCUUGGGGAACACUUAGGAACUGUCACAGGAGAGAAAUCUUAUGAGUGUAAUCAGUGUCUUAUGUCCUGCAGCUUACACUCUUCUUUUGCAGCACAUGUGCAAAAACCUGCUGGGGAGAAGCUUUGUGAAUGCCGUGACGAUGGGAAAAGAUCUUCCCUUAGUGUGCACAAAAACCCGUGUACUCUGGAGGACAGCUCAACCUGUAAUGAACAUGGGGAGGUUGUCACUGGCCCCUUGUCCCCUCAGAAAUGUGUGAGACCUCACACUGGAGAGAAACCUUAUGAAUGUAGUGACUGUGGGAAAAUAUUCAUUUUUCACUCUUCCCUUAAGAAACAUGUGAGGUCACACACUGGAGAAAAACCUUAUGAGUGUAAUCACUGUGGGAAAUUCUUCAGCCAGAGCUCUCAUCUUAAUGUGCACAAAAGAACUCACACUGGAGAGAAGCCGUAUGACUGUAAGGAGUGUGGCAAGGCCUUCACUGUUCCUUCCUCUCUUCAGAAACAUAUGAGAACCCACACUGGGGAGAAACCCUAUGAGUGCAGUGACUGUGGGAAAGCCUUUAUGGAUCAGUCAUCCCUGAAGAAACAUCGACGCUCUCACACUGGAGAGAAACCUUAUGAGUGUAAUCAAUGCGGAAAAUCCUUCAGCACAGGCUCUUACCUUAUUGUGCACAAGCGAACGCACACUGGAGAGAAAACCUAUGAAUGUAAAGAAUGCGGGAAGGCCUUUAGGAAUUCCUCUUGCCUGCGGGUACACGUGAGAACUCACACAGGAGAAAAGCCCUAUAAAUGCAUUCAUUGUGGAAAAGCAUUCAGCACCAGCACUAACCUUAUAAUGCACGAGCGAAUACAUACCGGGCAAAAGCUUGCUGAAUGA